AUGGCCCUCCUUGUAGCUCUUGGGCUCUUGAUGGCUGGGUUCUGCCCUGCUGUUCACUGUCAAUCAGAUGGUACAUUGGGAAGAAACACUGAGGUCCAGGAAGACCAAAACAAUGGGACACAAAUGGACAGUCUGACACUGGCCUCCAUCAACACUGACUUUGCUUUCAGCUUCUACAAAGAGUUGGCUUUGAAGAAUCCAGAUAAAAAUGUUGUCUUCUCCCCACUCAGCAUCUCAGCUGCCUUGGCCUUCUUGUCCUUGGGAGCCAGCAGCAAUACCCUGGAAGAGAUUCUAGAAGGUCUCAAGUUCAAUCUGACAGAGACCCCUGAGGCAGAUAUCCACCGGGGCUUUGGGCAACUCCUCCAAAUGCUCAGUCAGCCAGAUGACCAGGUGAAGAUCAGCAUAGGCAGCAUGAUGUUUGUUGAAAAGCGCCUGCAGAUCCUGGCAGAGUUCAAGGAGAAGGCAAGCGCGCUGUACCAGGCUGAGGCCUCUGUGACUGACUUCCAGCAGCCUCAUGAGGCCAAAAAGCUCAUCAAUGACUAUGUGAGGAAACAGACCCAGGGGAAGAUCAAGGAAUUGAUCUCAGACCUGGAUGAGAAAACAUUAAUGGUGCUGGUGAAUUACAUCUACUUUAAAGGGAAAUGGGAGAGGCCAUUUGAGCCUCAUUUCACACAUGAGUCUGACUUCUACUUGGAUGAGAAGAGGACUGUGAAGGUGCCCAUGAUGAAAGAUAAAUUUCUAACCACACCCUACUUCCGGGAUGAGGAUCUGAACUGCUCUGUGGUGGAGAUAAAGUACAGAGGCAAUGCCAGCGCCCUGUUCAUCCUCCCUGACAUGGGCAGGAUGCAGCAAGUGGAAGCCAGUUUGCAACCAGAGACCCUGAAGAAGUGGAAGGACUCUCUGAGGUCCAGGAUGAUUGACGAGCUCUACAUGCCCAAGUUCUCCAUCUCCAGUGACUACAGCAUAGAGAACAUCCUUCAACAGCUGGGUAUCAGGGAAGUCUUCUCCACACAGGCUGACCUGUCUGGGAUCACAGGGGCCAAGGACCUGACAGUCUCUAAGGUGGUCCACAAGGCUGUGCUGGACGUGGCUGAGACAGGCACAGAAGCAGCGGCUGCCACGGGACUCAUUCCUCUUGGAUCGGCUCUAAUUUUGAACCCUCUGGAAGUGAAUUUAAACAGGGCAUUUCUGAUGAUUAUCUUUGACAGGAAUACACAGACUCCACUCUUUAUGGCCAAAGUCUCAAAUCCCAAUGAAAAGUAG